AUGGCCGGACUUGAAAAAGCCGGCUGUACAACCUUCGACGAAUUUUGCAAAGAGAAGAAAAUCUAUUCUGCUGGAACAAGGUUGAUUGACUAUUAG